AUGUACAUGUACGCUCCUGCUUUCAUGGAUUGUCCGGACAUGACCACGCAGACGCACGAUCUUAGUAAGGCCCUUGUCCUAUCCGACAGCCAGUUUGCUCCAUUGUUUGUCGAGGACUCGCAACCUAUGUCCGAGAUGGCACCUGAUUCAGAGGUGAUCGCAUCUGAUUCCCUCUAUGUGUCAGUAGUGCUCAUUGAGCCAACUCCUGCUGCUGUCGCUGCACUCAAGGACCACCCAGGGGACGUUGAGUUCCUCAACACAUCCAUACAGAACUACAGUCGGAUGCAGCAAAUCUUCUCCUUCGGACUGGCAACUAGGAAGCAUGCCAUGGGCUCGGGGGAGCCUCUUUGUUCUCCCAUGCCAGACUUCCCUGGGACCCUGGAUGUCGAGGUCCUUGAUGGCACUGACAAGCCCUUCGUGAAGCCCUUCGACAAGCCAUUUGACCCCGUCCGUGAUAGGAAGAGGAAUAGAGGAGGCCUGAUGGAGGAGGAGAUCAAUGGCAAGUGGUAUGCUGUGUUCAUCGGUAAGGCUCCAGGGGUUUACAGUUCAUGGGAAGAAGCCAGUGCACAAGUGGCAUCGUAUAGCAACAACAGUCAUAGAGGGUUCAAGACUAGGCAGGCAGCAGAACAAGCUUACUCUGACUGGGUGCGAAAGCACAGAGGCAGCAAUGUUGACGAUGGCAAGGUUGGAGGUGUCAAAGUGGAAGGCGCUAAGCUGCCUCCUCCCCACACUCGCCGCCCCGCCCGCGUCCUCGCGUCCCAGCCCCCUCCUUCCUCUCCUCACGCGGUCGCGCCUCCCUCCGAACCCUCGAUCCGCGCCCGCCUCCCUGCCCCACGCCGCCAUCAUCUCCGCCGGCGCCCGACUCCUCCGCCGCCUCCUCUCCACCGCCACCGCGAAGGACCUGUAGAAAGCGGCACGCCCUGUAGGGAAGCGGGCGGCGCGCGCCGUCGCCCCAGGAUUCGCGCGGACAACUCUCUCGCGUUGACGCCCCCGCUCCCUCCCCUUCUCCUCGUCGCCUCCCCUCGCGCCGCCGUCGCCGUCCGAGAAGCACCGCGGCCACUACUACUCUGCGUCGUGCCGAGCUUGCCACCGCCGCCGCUCUCCCGGUCGAGCUCGUCCCUCACCACCGGCCCUCAAGUUGUGGAGGGGCAACAGGCAGCGGUGGACAAGGAGAUCUACCACCAACCGCCGCCGCCUGUCCUCCUGCUUCGCCAUCAACGCGAGGAGCACCGGAGCGUGUCCUCAAGUUUGUGCUCCUCCGGGAAGAGGACAACCCGAGAUCUGUCAUGGAGGUCAACCCUGACGUCGGCCUUGUCGGAUUGGAGCGGCAGUGCGGUGGCUGGUCUACUGUGGCGGCUCGCUGGAGGCAGCAGCGACCCAAUCGGCACCGCCAUCUCCUUCCCUAUCCAUGAGCCAACCUCUGUCUUCCUCCCCGACGGCGGCGUCGAACCAACACUGGGUUAUGCUACCCUUGGCCGUGGCCUAACACGCGCGGACUGAAGCGUUGGUCAGGCACCCACUGCUUGGCUGCACGUCUGGGUUAUCUCAGAUAAGCUAAUCUAUCUCUUCUUUAAAAUAAGAUCAUGUGCUUCUCUGAUCCGGUUGUAGUAAGUUGUACAAGGCCUUAGCUGGUUGUCAGGAGGAACCUUCACCUCAUGGCUAAAACUUGGGUAAAACCGUGGGCA